UAUAUUUUUUUAUUUAGCAAGAAACAUAAAUACAAAAAAUGGCGACCACUCCAACAUCACAAUCAGGAAAAGUUAGUUCAUCAACACUUUUGCCGCCAACAACUCCUCAGCGAACAAGCACAUUAGAUAAAAAAAAAAGUGGAAUAAUAGGAACAUUGACUAGAAGGUCUGCAAAGUCAAAAAAGGAAGUUGCUGAGUUAGAAGAACAAGGUCGAAAUGCUAUAGAAGGUCCAAGUUCCCCUAACCAAGAAAUAUCGCCAGAUUCAUUUUUCCUAGAUGAGGGUCAAGAAAGAUUUAUGGUCGAAAAAAGUUCACUUGAUGAACCAAAAGUAAAAGAGCUAUGUGAAACAUUAAUUGAUUGGAUCAAUGAUGUUUUGGCAAGUGAAAGAAUUGUGGUGAAGAGUCUUGAAGAAGAUUUAAAUGAUGGGCAAAUUUUAGCAAUGCUUGUUGAAAAAUUGGCUAAUAUUGAUCUUGGAUCAUUGACAGAAGUAACACAGGCUGUGGAUAUGCAGAAGCAAAAACUCAGUCAACUUCUUGAUGAAAUUAACAAACUUUUAGCUUUGCCUUUAAUAGGAUCACAAUCUUGGAAUGUAGAACUUAUUCAUGCAAAACAUUUACCUGCUAUAUUGCACUUGCUUGUGCAACUAGCAAGACAAUAUAAUUGUCCAUAUAAACUUCCAAACAAUGUUAUAAUCCAAGUUGUUGUUGUUCAAAAGCGAGAUGGUAUAUUGCGAAGUAAAACUGUGAAUGAAGAUAUUACAGGCAACUACAAUGACCGAGAACAAAGAACAGAGCGAGAUGCUUUUGACACUUUAUUCGAUCAUGCACCUGAAAAGCUAGCUGUUGUAAAAAAGUCUUUGCAAGGUUUUGUCAACAAGCACUUAAGCAAGCUUGAUCUUCAAAUACAAAACCUGGAUACACAGUUUAAUGAUGGAGUUAAUUUUAUCUUGUUGAUUGGCUUGCUUGAAGGAUAUUUUGUUCCUUUAUAUCAAUUUCACAUGACACCACAAAGUAGUCAUCAGAAGGUUCACAAUGUCCAGUUUUCUUUGCAGUUAAUUGAGGAUGCUGGUUUACAGAAACCCCGUGUUUUGCCUAAUGAUAUUGUUGAUGGCGAUUUGAAGUCAACACUCCGAGUUUUAUACACUUUAUUUACAAAGUACAAAAAUUAUAAAUGAACAGAUGAAAUAAAUGAAAAUUAUAAUUACAGGGGUUCAUGUUAUAAUAUUUCCAUCAGGCAAAUAUUAGGGCUCUAACUUACGCAAUUACAAAAGAUCUACGAUAUUCUAAACGUCAAUUUUAUUCUGCCUUUGCUCUCGAUUGAAUCGCGUAUAUUGGAGUUGUUAAAAUAAAAUUUGAAUUUGUAAUCUCCAUUAUAUUUUAUUCGUAAUCUAUAUAAAUAUUUUGCUAAAUUCUUGUAAAUAUAACUUUUGUAAAUCAGUUUGGUUUUUGUUUAGUGAAAAAAAUUUUGUAUAUUGUUCCUUGAAUUUUCCUAAAUCAUUAAUUACAUUUUCUUAA